UUCCAGUGGGGUGUCUCUCUGGAGUGUCAAUUUCUCUCUGUACUUAUUGGGUGUGUGAUUCUGUCUGGCCCCUUACCCAUCUCUGGCCCUGUGGCUGUACUUUUGGGGACACUGGUGAAAGAGAGUCAGAGAUGGAAAAGAGAGGAGAUGUCAUUCUUGGGGUGGAGGAUGAGUCCGGGCAGCCCGUCACUGCCCUGUCGAUUCUCUCUCUGCUGGAACGUGUGUCUACAAUCAUCGAUGGCAUCCAGGCAAGUCAGCAGCGCAUGGAGGAACGACAGCAGCAGCUUGAGAGCUCGGUCAGCGCCGUCCAAUCUGAGCUGCUCAAGCUGGCUCACAACCAUGGCUCCACAGCAACCACUGUUGACAAACUGCUCCAGAAAGCCCGCCGUGUGAGUGCACACGUUAAAGAAGUGCGUUCACGUGUGGAGAAACAGAAUGUACGUGUGAAGAAGGUGGAAACUACACAGGAUGAGCUGCUCACACGCAACAAGUUCAGAGUUGUUAUCUACCAGGGUGAAACUAGUGUACCCUCUGUUGCUGUCACCAAGACUCCCAAGGGGGCGGGGCUAGCUAACCUGAUGGUGGAGCCAGAUGAGUAUGACAUCCCUGCUGACCUAUCAUCUGAUGAAGAAUACAUGGUGGUGGAGGAGGCGGAGUCAUCCCGAGGUGCACGUCUGAAACAGACAGGGUUAAAGGGCAUCGAGAACAUAAAAGCUGCAUUCUCCAAAGAGAACAUGAGCAAGACUCGUGAGAAGACAAGAGAGAACCUAAGCAAGACUAAGGUGAGCCUGAGUAAGACGGGCCAAACGCUCGGAACCAAAAUCAACACCUUCGGUGAGAAGAUUGUGCCCCCUGAGCAGCGAGAGAAGAUACGUCAGAGCGGAGAGUGGCUGAGGGACAACAUCGCUAAGAAAGCACCCAAUAAAGAAUCGUUCCGCAUCAGACUGAAGAAGGAACGCACUGUUGCUGAGGGCCAAGAAGGCACAGAGGUGGAACCUGCUGUGACUCCACCCAAAGGCAGGAAGUCCAGCCCAGAUGUGACCUACACAGAAGUGAUUACUGAGAGGAAGAGGGAGGGUCUAGUAUCAGAAGAGGGAGCGAUUCGUAUCCAAGAAGACUGAAAAAAGGCAAUUCACCACACAAACUGUGGAGAUAUGAAAUGAAAAAAUGAAGAGAAAAGUGAUUCAAAGUGAGAAAGUAGUUUGUAAAGAGUAAGUGGAAGAAAAAAUAGUUUUUUAUUUUGUAAAAUGUGCUCUAAAAUGUGAGUGUGUCAGUAUGUGUGUGUUGGGUAGCCAAAUUAAUUAACUUUGCAAGCAUUAGAUGUGCUUGUAUAAUUUAUGCAACCGUAAGCCUGUUCAGUGUAUCACAAUACAAAAAUGUCUCCUGUUA